UGUAUUUUGUCGAAAGUUCUUUCCUUUUUUCCCUUUUUUUUUCCUGUCUGGAAGUUUUUGAAAUGUUUGAUACCGUUUACGGAGUGUCUGAUGGGAUAUUCACUGGCUGUUCUAGGGUUUCAAUGCUCGAUUUUCCUCUGGUUUGCUUGAAAUCUGGGUUUAAUUUCUGUGGGUUGUCUGUGUGGUGAUGAAAGGUUCUGUUUUUUGGGGUGUUUUCUCGCGGUGGUCGUGCCUGAAAUUGGCAUGCAAAUUUUACUCUCUUUUUCACCCUUGAAUAUUUUUUUCCUCACGGUUCAUGCAUAGUGUCUGCUUUAAUGUUAGGUUGAUGUUAAAGUUUGUCUACAGUGUCUAUGGUCAUUUCAAUUUAGAAGUGAAUGGCUAUUUUAGAAAUUUUUGGGCUUUUCUUGUAAUGGAACUUGUAGAGGAUUUAGUAGCAAUGCGAGGUAGGUAGGAGUCCUUUUUGUUUCUGGACAAGUCGUGUUUUGGGUUUUUGGGUCUGAAAAAUGUAGAAAAGGACAGGUAAGGAGCACUAGCAGAAGAUAUCACAAAAGCUUUUUGAUGGAAAUUUUAGGGUUCAGUGUAUCCAAGACGUUGAGUUGUCAAGUUAUUUCAAGAUUAUGAUCUAAUUGCCAUUGUUUAUGGCUUUAGCUUUGUCGGAUUUUGCUUUAGGUUCUGUACCAAUGAGACUUUCUAGAGAAGAGUCAUCACAGGCAGCUGAAUCAGUUAUAGACUUGAUUUCGGCUGUGGAAGAGUUACAUAGACGAAGCUCUCAAGAGCUUCAUAAGUUACUGAAAGAGAACGAAGAUUUAUGUAUUUCCUUACGCGUCCAAAAAGGUGUACAAGUGAAGGUUGAUGUAGAAAAGAUUGCAGGCUUGCUACCUCUGCAUCUCAUUGCAGUGCUUGUGUCUUCUGACAGAGAUGGAGAGACGUUGAGAUACUUAUUGUCCGGGAUCCGGCUUUUGCACACAUUAUGUGACUUAGCACCUCGUUUCACCAAACUCGAGCAGGUCUUACUUGAUGAUGUGAAAUUAUCAGAGCAGAUGAUUGAUCUGGUGUUCUAUUUGUUAAUAGUUCUUGGCGGUAAUGAACAGGCAACCUGCAAUUCAGAUGGCCAAUCAUUGGUCCAAACGACACUGGUGGCUUCUUGUCUUUACCUGUUGCAUGGGUUUAUUUCUUCACAGUGGCAAGAUCUUGUUCAAGUGUUGCUUGCCCACCCUCAGGUUGAUGUGUUUAUGGAUGCUGCUUUUGGAGCAGUUCACAAUGUUGUGAGAUCUCUCAGGAAGAAGCUGCUAACGCGGCAAACCGGCCUUCUGAGUAAAUCAGGAAUCUCUUGCCAAGAAGAUGUUAACUUUCACUGCCAACAAGCGGAAGCUGCUUUGCAGUUCCUUCAUUCUCUGUGCCAACAAAAACCGUUUAGAGAUCGCCUCGCCAGAAAUGAGGAGCUAUGUGGAAAUGGUGGUGUUCUUAUGCUAUCUCAUUCCAUAUUAUCGCUAACUAUUGCACCUGAGUUAGUUGGAGCGUCAAUUACGAUUGCUUCCCUCUCUAGAAUGAAAGCAAAGGUCCUGGCAAUGUUGCAUCUUUUGUUCGAAGCAGAAAGUGUAUCAUUCCUCGACGAGGUUGCACGUGCAGGAAACUUGCAUUUGGCUAAGUCCGUCGUCACAAAGGUUCUUGAAUUAUUGAGGCUUGGCUUUUCCAAAGCUUCCAAGGGUUUCAAUGGUUCUUCCGUCUACCCGAUGGGGUUCGUGCUACUUAACGCAAUGCGUUUAGCUGACAUCUUAACCGACGACUCGAAUUUCCGAUCUUUUUUCACUCAGCACUAUAGCGAAAUUCUCAGCGCAAUAUUUUCCCUUUCUCACGGAGAUUUCUUGGCGAUGUGGUGCUCUUCCGAUCUUCCUUCGAGGGAAGAUGAAGCAACGCUAGAUUACGAUCUAUUUACUUCGGCUGGAUGGAUCUUGGAUUUGUUUUCAUCAUCAGAGCAAUCGAAUGAAAAUCUGUUCAAGCUUCAUUUGCUGCCAAAUAACCUUCCCAUGUCAUAUUAUGCACAUCAGAGGACAUCCUUAUUUAUCAAAAUGAUUGCGAAUCUGCACUGCUUUGUUCCGAGCAUUUGCGAAGAAAGGGAAAGGAACCGUUUCGUUCAUAAUAUCGUAAGCGGUCUCCAGGGGGAUCUUUCGAGUAUAUUACCGGGAUUCUCAUAUACUUUGGUUCCACAGAGAAGUGUGCGUGUUUGCAGAAACUUACGUUCUUUGUUGAGUCACGCAGAGUCGUUGAUCCCUAAUUUCUCGAGCGAGGAAGAUUUACUGCUUUUGAGGGCGUUCGUUGACCAGUUGCAGCCGCUGAUCCGUUCCGAGUUUGAGGAAAGUCAAGUUCAGGAAACUCAAAGUACAGGGGGUGGCGUUUCGUCGGUUAAACAGAGAAAAGAUUCUCUGAAUCUAAACAACGGAAACAGUACCCCGAAUGAGGAAAUGUCGGAGAAUUCUGCUAUCCGAGCGGAGGGUGUAGGUGUAACCGGGCAAGGCACCAACGAAAUGAAUGGUCCGUCGCUGAAAGAGAAUGAUGCAGAUGGGAAUGCCAUUCAUGAAACCAGUGGUUCGGAUACGAGCUCCACCAGAGGGAAGAGUUCUGUUGAUCGGAUCGAAGAUGACGAGCCGCUGAAAACGAACAAAGGUUCAAAAGAGAGCGAGUCGGGAGGAGGGAUCAAAGAGGAUGAAAAGAUUGAAGCUGUUCAGACAAUUGAAAAACAACGAAGGAAACGGAAGCGUAGUAUUAUGAACGACGAGCAGAUGUUGAUGAUUGAGAGGGCACUUCUGGAUGAACCCGAUAUGCAGCGAAACUCCGCCUCGAUACAGACUUGGGCUGAUAAAUUGAGCCAUCAUGGUUCCGAGGUCACUUCUUCACAGCUAAAGAACUGGCUGAACAACCGAAAAGCUAAGCUAGCCCGGGCAAGCAAGCAAGCAGGGCCAGCACGUGAUAGCUCGGGAGACUUACCCGAGAGCCCUGGAGACGAAAUCAAUGUGCAGAAACCGUCGACUUCAAAGGGCAGUAGCCAAAACCCGAGAUCGUCGGGGGAUGGGGUGAAGCCCGGACAGAAGGUGGUGUUAACGGACGAGACAGGAGAAGAGAUUGGGAAAGGGAUAGUGUACAAGGCAGAAGGUGAAUGGUACGGAAUGAGUCUGGACAGCAAGCAAGUGUGUGUGGUCGAUGUGGUCAAGCUGACCACCGGGUCAGAUGGACGAGAGAAGCUGCUUCCGUACGCAUCGGAUGAUGCCGGAAGUACCUUCGAAGAUGCCGAGACAAGGUUUGGGACAAUGAGAGUGGCUUGGGACGUGACAAGACUGCAGUCUCCGUUACAUUGACUUUGACUCUAGAUGUUGAGUUCCUCUGUUUGUGUUCGGUUCCUCUGUUUCGUCCAGAGGGUCUCAUGGAAUGGAACAAGUGGAAUUCUUAGGCUCUUUUCCCC